CAGUCAGUAUUAGCCAACAUGGUGUCCAUUUGUUUAGACUGAACAGGGAGCUAGAAGAAAAUAAACACAAAACCCCCAACAAAAUUACAGGAAUGAUUCCCUGGACACAUUUUAAAGAUGCGUUAGGUGUUAAUACAUAUCUUAGCAUAACAUAUUAUUUUGACAAAUAGGCAGCUAUUUUUCACGAAUUGGAAUAUAACUUAUUGUGGGGAACAUGUUAGCCUUUGAGCUAGUAGGUCAAUUACCAGUAGCUCAUAUUAUUAUUAUUAUUGAAUAGUUAAUACAAGUUUCCCCUUAACUUGAAGCUAUGUUGGGAUUUCUGACAGCAAGACAAGCUGGUCUGGAUGAUCCUAUGCGACUGAGACGAGCAGAGUCAACGAGAAGGAUUCUUAGUCUGAAGUUAAAUCCUGACAGAGAUGUGGAUCGAAUUCAUGGAAAUGGUAUUAAUACCAUAGAUAUUGAAACAAUUGAAGGCAGAUACAUGUUGUCUGGAGGUGCUGAUGGUGUAAUUGUCAUCUAUGACCUGGAGAACUACAGUCGGAAACAGCAGUACACCUGUAAGGCAGUCUGUUCAGUAGGCAGAUCAAGCCGACACGUCCACAAAUUCAGUGUUGAGACAGUCCAGUGGUAUCCUUAUGACACUGGCAUGUUUGUCUCUAGUUCCUUUGACAAGACCAUGAAAGUUUGGGACACGGAGACUUUGAAGCCUGCUGAAGUGUUUGAGUUUGAAGGUAAUGUCUACAGUCACCACCUGUCCCCCAUCGCCAGGAAGCACAGCCUCAUUGCAGUUGGCACCACAAACCCUAAAAUCCAACUUUGUGACUUGAAGUCUGGUUCAAGGAUUCAUGUUCUCCAGGGUCACAGAGCAGAAGUGCUGUCUGUGUGUUGGUCGCCCCGAUACGAGCAUAUCUUAGCCACUGCCAGUGCGGACAGCAAGGUGAAGGUAUGGGAUGUGCGUCGAGCUUCAGGUAGUCUCUUCACUUUGGAUCAGCACAACGGAGAGAAGUCAAAAGCCUCUUCAGAAACAGUCAACACAGCUCAUAAUGGCCGAGUGAAUGGUCUCUGCUUUACUUCUGAUGGUCUCUACCUUCUAACCACUGGAACGGAUGACCGCAUGAGAUUAUGGAAUAGUGCUAGUGGGGAAAACACACUGGUAAAUUAUGGAAAGGUUUGUAAUGAGAGUCGUAAAAAGCUGCAGUUCACCGUGUCUCGUGGCUGCAGCCCGGAGUUUGUGUUUGUGCCCUGCGGCAGCUCGGUGGCCGUCUAUGCCCUCCAUACGGGAGAACUUGUCACGAUGCUUAGGGGUCACUACAAUAAUGUGGACUGCUGCCAGUUCCACCCAGACUAUCAGGAGCUGUAUAGUGGAGGUAAAGACAGUAACAUUCUGGCCUGGGUUCCUGUCCUUCGUACCCCAGACGUGGAAGAAGAGUCAAAUCAUGACACAAAGGGUGCUGCUGGACCGUCUGCUCUGAACCCUUCCUUUCAGGACACCUGGAGCAGUGACGAAGACUAACGCAGACAUUUUUAAUCUGUUUACAUUAUACGCAACAAAUUAUAGGGGCUUGCCCUAAUUUUGGGGUUUAGUGACUAUAA